CAAUUUUCUUAUGUUCUGACUCUAAGUUAGUUCUUAUAUAAAACAUACGAAAGGAAAUGAUAGGGGAGACUAUAAAACGGUCAAUCAUGAUGAUCUGCGCCUUAAGGCACGUUCAAGUUUCUGAUCCCAUCUACUUAGCUAGUAGCCUAGCCACCCUUCACUACAAGAUCUACCAAGUGAUACAAGAAUAAUAUCUCACGAUUGACGGUCUGUCUCCAUGUCACACAUUGGGAGUGUAUUCUUGGGAGAUUUCCAGCGAUUCCGUAUACUAUCUUCCACGCCUCCGUCAUCUCCUCCGCCCGGCCAACUUGGACAUCAAAUGAGCGUCGCAUCUGCUUCCCAAUCCCUCGAGGAACUCGUGGAACAUCAUGAUAAUGUCCAAUCAGAGCUGUCUGCUCAACAGCCGACUGCUGCCAGUGUUGUGACACCCCUACCACAACUCGAACCAUCAACCGCACCUCCAGUCAUAGAUCCCGUUUUAUCGCUGGAACUGAGACUCCGCUGGCUCGAAGCGUUGCUUCUAGGUGUACGACAGGAUGCGAGGGAUCGUAAGGGAAAGGAAAAAGUGGGACCAGAGCUCAAACACGGUGAAACCCUCAUUCGCUUAGCCGAGAACGUGCAAAGGCGCCUCGACAGCGUCAUACAAUCCAACGACAGUCUCCAGAGGUUCAUGAGCAAAUAUGACCUACAUGCCCAUCUACUAACUGCAGCGUUCGCCCUGUCAGGGGUGCUCCCUGGGCCAGCCCCGACGUACGAAAACAUGUCACCAGAAGAACUAGAAGCGCUCCUGGUAGAGAUGGAACCAGAAAUUCGAGCUGCUGACAGGGACAUGCGCGAGAUCGAAAUGCUAGAACAUAAAGGUGUCACAGCAGCUGGAAAACUUGCAGACUAUGAAACGUUGCAGCCUCGUUUGGACGCGCUUUUGAAAGCGCAUCAGGAGGAUAUUAGAUUAGCUGCGUCGUUGGAGAAGCGAAUAGCAGUUCUUGUCGACAGACAUGCUACUCAUGUGGACGCGCUCUCAGAACUUUUCGUAGCAUGGGAUGACGUCCUCACCGAAACCGAAAAUAAAGUCACAAAGCUCGAACGCGAUCGUGACGAGCGCCAACGGCUGGGUUAUGUAUAGACAGCCUGGACCACCACGUCUUGAUAUCACACACAUACUUUACCCUCCUUAUAAUAAACAGAAGCA